AUGCUGCGGCAAAUGAUACACAGAGGGCUCAAAGCUUCUUUCUACUGGCUGGGCUUAUUUGUUAGUAGGCAUCCGGUUUUUUUCCUCACCGUUCCCGCAGUCUUAACCAUCAUUUUCGGAUCUACAGUGCUGAGCAGAUUCAAGCCCGAAACGGACCUCGAGAUACUGGUUGCCCCGACCCACAGCUUUGCUAAAGUAGAGCGGAGUCUUGCGAACAGCCUUUUCCCCAUCGACCAGUCAAAAAACAAGCUGUAUUCCGACCUGCACACCCCCGGCAGAUAUGGCAGACUGAUUCUACUGGCUAAGUCUGGGGGAAAUAUAUUGGAGCUAGCCGACCAGGUCCUGCAGGUUCACAAGCAGGUGUUGGAUUUGAGUGUUAAUUACAAGGGAUUCAAUUACACUUUCGCUCAUCUCUGUGUCCUGAGCCAUCAGGAUAAGCGAUGCAUCUUGGAUGAUAUAAUUACGAUAUUCGAAGAUAUCCGUUUAGCUAUUCUGUCGAAUUAUACUUUCUCGAAGGUGCCCGUGAGCUAUCCAAAUACAACCUUAAAGGACGGUCGUGUGUCUUUCAUCGGCCACCAGCUGGGUGGAGUGGCCUUCUCGCCCAACAGCCGAGACCAGCAGGUGAAGUUUGCCCGGGCCGUCCAGAUCACCUACUACCUCCGCAACCAUGGCCCCGUGGUUCAGGACGUCAUCGCAGAGAAAUGGGAGAAUGCCUUCUGCGCCCUCAUCACGCGCCUGUCCACGCUCAGCGAGGACCUGCACAUCCAGUCUCUCACCUCCUUCAGCCUGUGGAGGGAUUUCCACCAGACGGGCGUGCUGGCUAAAGGGGAGGUGCUGGUCAGCAUGGUGCUCCUCCUGCUGGCAGCCACCAUCUCCAGCUCCAUGAGGGACUGCCUGAGGGGGAAGCCCUUCCUGGGUCUACUGGGUGUGCUCACCAUAGCCAUCGCCAACGUGACUGCAGCUGGCAUCUUCUUCAUCUCCGACGGGAAGUUUAACUCCACGCUACUGGGGAUCCCCUUCUUUUCCAUGGGUCAUGGAACCAAAGGAGUGUUUGAGCUCCUGGCGGGCUGGAGAAGAACUCGAGAGAGCCUUCCCUUCAAGGAGCGCGUGGCAGACGCCUUCGCCGACGUGAUGGUAUGCUAUACCAUGACCAGUUCCCUCUACAUCAUCACCUUUGGCAUGGGUGCCAGCCCCUUCACCAACAUCGAGUCGGUGAAGAUCUUCUGCCAGAGCAUGUGCGUGGCCGUCCUGGUCAACUACUUCUACGUGUUCUCCUUCUACGGUUCCUGCUUGGUGUUCGCUGGUCAGCUGGAGCAGAACCGCUACCACAGUGUGUUCUGCUGUAAGAUCCCCUCAGUGGAGUACCUGGACCGCCAGCCCACCUGGUUCAAGACCAUGAUGAGCGACGGCCAUGACCACGUCACUCACCACGAGGUCUUGCCCUACCACAACCACUUCAUCCAGCACUUCCUGAGGGAGCACUACACGGAGUGGAUCACCAACACCUACGUCAAGCCCUUCGUGGUCAUCCUCUACCUGAUCUACGCCUCCUUCUCCUUCAUGGGAUGUUUACAAAUCAGUGAUGGAUCCAACAUCGUCAACCUCCUAGCCAGCAACACGCCCAGUGUGUCCUACGCCACGACCCAGCAGAAGUACUUCAGUAACUACAGCCCUGUGAUCGGCUUCUACAUCUAUGAACCCAUCGAGUACUGGAACUCCACGGUGCAGGAGCACCUCACAACGCUGAGCCAUGGCUUCAACAAGAUCUCCUGGAUGGAUAACUACUUUCAGUAUCUGAAGGUGGUGAAUGUGAGCGCCUCGACCAAAAGUGAUUUCAUCACCAUCCUGCAGGGCUCCUUCCUGCGCAGCCCGGAGUAUCAGCACUUCAUGGAGGACAUCAUUCUGUCCAAGACAGAUGGGGAUGAAAUGGAGAUCAUCGCUUCCAGGAUGUACCUGGUGGCACGGACCACGGAGAAGACCAGGGAGGAAGUGGUGGAGCUGCUGGAGAGGCUCCGCCCACUCUCGCUCAUCAACAACAUCAAGUUCAUUGUCUUCAACCCCACCUUCGUCUUCAUGGACCGUUACAGCUCCUCCGUAGUGUCGCCCAUCCUCACCUCAGCUUUCAGUGUGCUCACCAUCCUCAUCCUCACCUUCUUCCUAGUCAUCAACCCUCUGGGGAACUUCUGGUUGAUCCUGACCGUCACCUCCGUAGAGCUGGGGGUCCUGGGCCUCAUGACCCUCUGGAAUGUACACAUGGACAGCAUCUCUAUCCUGUGCCUUAUUUAUACUCUAAACUUUGCCAUGGAUCACUGUGCACCCCACCUGUAUACCUUCGUACUGGCCACGGAGCACACCAGGACCCAGUGCAUUAAGAUCUCGCUGGAGGAGCACGGGGCGGCCAUUUUGCAAAAUGCCUGCUGUUUCGUUAUCGGGAUGUUGCCCUUGGUGUUUGUGCCUUCCAAUCUGACCUACACACUGUUCAAGUGCUCCCUCCUCACCGCAGGCUGCACAGUGCUGCACUGUUUCGUUAUCCUGCCUGUGUUUCUAACGUUUUUCCCCCCAUCCAAAAAAAGGCACAAGAAGAAGAAACGGGCCAAACGGAAAGAGAGAGAGAGGGAGCGGGAGAUGAUGGAGAGGGAGAGAGUGAGGGAAAGGGAGGAGAUAGAGUGCAUUGAAGUCAGGGAGAACCCUGAUCAUGUGACUAACGUCUGA